UUUUUUUACAAAACAAAAUAUAUUUCGUUAACAGAUUAAAUUUACGAGUACGUCUUCACUAAACGAUCAUUUGUUGACUGCCGAUUAUCAUUUAAAAAUAAUAUGCCAUUGGGUGUGAUUUGUUUUCUUUCAUUAAAAAAAAUUCAAUCUUAUCAAUAUUCCGCAUUCUGCUAUGAAUUAAGGUUUUAAUGAGGAAAGGUUAUCAGCUGUUUAAAUUAUCACUGGAAUACCCAUAUCUCAGUUAUGUUGUUUAAUAUUCGUAUAAACGAGAUAGGUUAGUCAACAUAAGCAUCAAUAACAUCAAAUCAGUGCGAUUAACGUCAGCGAAGUUGUAUGUCAAUUUUGAGCUUCAAAUAAAUAAAAGUGAAAACUAGAUUUUUUUCUUUUAAAUAUAUUUUUAAUAAAAUAAUUUAAAAAAAUACAGUAAUGUGGAAAAGAGUUAUAUCUGAAUCAUAUAAACAUAGAAAUCAAGUUGGAAUAUGUUCGCGGAGAUUUUAUGCUAAUACUCAGAGUACCAACAGUUCGACAAUGACAUUGGGUAUCAUUGGGAUUCCGUUCUCAAAGGGACAGAGUAAACAAGGCGUUGAAACAGCACCGGAUUUUUUACGAAAAAACGGUUUAAUUAAUAUACUAAAUGAUGUUAGUCAAGGCAAUUUAAAAGUUAAUGAUUAUGGCAAUUUAGAAUACGAAAAAGAUACUGAUACUAAAUGUAUAAUAAAUAAUUGCAAAAAUUAUCCGGAAUUUAUGGGUUGCAAUAAGGCUUUGAUUAAACAAGUUCAAGAAAUUUUAAAAGAAAAUGAUCAGUUUCUAGCGCUAGGUGGUGAUCAUGCAAUUGGCUUUGGAUCUGUUGCGGGACACCUACAACAUACGCGAAAUUUGUCACUUGUUUGGAUUGAUGCUCACGCUGAUAUUAAUCUGCAUUCAACUUCUGAAUCUGGUAAUAUACACGGCAUGCCCGUUUCAUUUUUACUUCAAGAACUACGUAUAUAUUGGGAAAAUGCAAAAUUAGAUAAAAUUGCACCAGUUUGUCUACCGGCGGAUCAAUUGAUUUACAUUGGACUAAGGGAUGUUGAUCCCUACGAAGCGUACAUACUCAACAAACUUGGAAUACGCGCAUAUGCCAUGGAUUCCAUUGAUAAGUACGGUAUACAAAAAAUUAUUGAAAUGACGCUAGAUGGAAUAAAACCUCAAAACAAAAUACAUGUAAGUUUUGAUAUAGAUGCACUUGAUAAAGCAAUCACACCGAGUACAGGUACUGCGGUGAAUGGCGGAUUAACGUUGCGUGAAGGUAUUGCACUAAUAGAAGCUUUUCGUGAUACUAAACGUAUACAAGGAGUUGAUUUGGUUGAGCUUAAUCCUUUACUGGGCACAGAAGAAGAUGUAAAAACUACGUUAAACUCAACAUUAGAAAUAUUAAAAAGUUUUUAUGGUUAUAAACGCGCUGGUAAUUUUUCAAAUAUCAAUACAGAUUUAUUUAAAAGUAAUUAA